CCGCCUGAGGCGGGCUGUUCCCUGAACCAGGCGCUCCCCCUGGCGGGAGGGGCGGGGGCAAGGACUGUCCCGGCCGGCGCUGAUCUUAGGCUCCCAUUGGCCGCUGUCUGCGCUGACGUCACGAUCAUGAUGAGAAUUAAUGAUCGGAGGCGCUGAUUUCAUUGUGUGACGCCGGGACCGACCCAGCCGAAACCGGCUGAAUCCGGAGCCCCCCGGACCAACUCCGCCCGCCCCGCAGAGCACGGGCUGGAUCCUGCAUUCCUUGGGCAACCAAAACCUCCAAUUCAAUGCAGGUGAGAGGCAUGUACUUGAGAGCCUUGAUGGAUGAAGUUAUCUCUCAAUAGAGCAACUGCAGCAGAAGGAGGGGCAAGCUUCUUACACACACUGGCUGCCAGUAUAUCCCAGCACAGAUAUGUUGGGAGAGGGAGAAUUCUUUUAAGAGUAACAAGUAGUUCCAACUCCGUGGUCAUUUUGAGACUGAGAAGAAUGACUUUCUGACAGGGAAGCGAAGGGAAGUUACAAGAGCAGUCACACACCACUCCCUACCAGUGCAGGUACAUCAUUUCAGGCACCUGGAGCAGCCAGCAGAGAGAUGAAUCUGCGUUCUGUAUUUACUGUAGAACAACAAAGGAUAUUACAGCGUUAUUAUGAAAAUGGAAUGACAAAUCAAAGUAAAAAUUGCUUUCAGCUCAUAUUACAGUGUGCACAAGAAACUAAGCUGGACUUCAGUGUAGUCAGGACUUGGGUUGGCAAUAAAAGAAGAAAGAUGAGCAGCAAGAAUGUUGCAGAAUCUGGAGGCACCCCACCCAGGACUGUUCCUAGCACCCCUACAGUGCCUCCAGAAGUAGCAGUCAGAAAUGUGGUAAACAUUGCUCGAUCCCAAAGCCAGCAGUCUUCUUGGACAUCAUCUAACAAUGAUGUAAUAGUAACUGGUAUAUAUAGCCCAGCUAGUUCAUCCAGCAGGCAGGGAUCCACGAAACAGACUAAUGCUUCAAUGACUGAGAUACAUAAAAACUCUAUUCAGAGACCACCUGGAAAAAGUGAUACAGAAUUUCAGCAGCAGCAUAUCCCUGUAGGACGACAAGUAUCACAUUGUAAAGGUGCUUCGCUGCUCCUGGGGGAAAAAACUAUUAUUUUGUCAAGACAAACAAGUGUGUUGAAUUCUGCAAACUCCAUAUACAAUCAUACUAAGAAAAAUUAUGGUGGUUCAUCAGUCCAGACUGCAGAGUUAGUGUUACCUCAAAAGCCAAUAAUAUGCCACAGGCCAUGUAAAGCUGAACCAGUGGGGUGUCAGAGGUUACACAAACCAGAACACACAGCCUUUGCAUCACACAUCGCAUCUGGACAAAGAGCUAAUGUUCGAGACCCUUCUUGUAGCACACAAAACUUGGAAAUUCGUGAAGUUUUUUCCUUGGCAGUUACUGAUCAACCUCAAAGAAUUAUGGGAGGAAAUACAACACAGAAACCUUGUUCGGUCGAAGGCAGUUGCCUGUCCAUUGCAAUGGAAACAGGAGAUGCUGAUGAUGAAUAUGCUAGAGAGGAAGAGCUUGCAUCUAUGGGAGCACAAAUACAAAGUUAUUCAAGAUUUUGUGAAAAUAGCAGUUCCCUUCGAGUGGAGAACCAAAGCACAGCUUUGUCUGGACCAGGCAGAAAUGUGAGCUGCAGUUCACAGAUGGUGAAUGCCAGGGACUUGCCUGACAAUGUAUUAUAUCAUAACAGAGACUACCGCUUGCCUCCACGGACCUCAUUACAUACACCAUCCAGUACACUGUAUAGUACUGCUAAUCCAUCCAGAAGUAACUUUUCUCCUCAUUUUACAUCUUCAAAUCAACUGAGGCUGUCGCAAAACCAAAACAACUACCAGAUUUCAGGAAACCUUACUGUGCCUUGGAUUACAGGGUGUUCCAGAAAAAGAGCACUACAGGACCGCACGCAGUUUAGUGACCGAGAUUUAGCCACUCUCAAGAAAUACUGGGACAAUGGCAUGACCAGCCUGGGCUCAGUCUGCAGAGAAAAAAUUGAAGCUGUUGCUGCAGAAUUAAAUGUUGACUGUGAAAUAGUGCGGACUUGGAUUGGGAAUCGAAGACGAAAAUAUCGUUUAAUGGGGAUUGAAGUCCCACCGCCUAGAGGAGGCCCUGCUGAUUUCUGUGACCAUCCUGAAUCUGGUGCUAAAUCAGCACUUACUUCAGGAGAGGAAACUGCUACUGAAGUGGGAGAUGAUAAUGACAGGAAUGAUGAAGUAUCAAUCUGCUUAUCUGAAGGAAGUUCACAAGAAGAAACCAGUGAAGUUAUUCAAAAUGAAGAAAUUGGUCACAAAGAAGAGGACCAAAAUACAUUAUCUGCAGAUAAUGUGAAAAUCGAAAUUAUAGAUGAUGAAGAAAGUGAUAUGAUCAGUAAUUCUGAAGUGGAUCAGAUGAGCUCUCUUUUGGAUUAUAAGAAUGAAGAAGUUAGGUUCAUUGAAAAUGAAUUGGAGAAUCACAAACAGAAAUAUUUUGAACUACAGACAUUCACUAGGAGCUUGAUACUUGCUAUCAAAUCAGAUGAUAAAGAACAGCAGCAGGCACUGCUGUCAGAUUUACCUCCUGAAUUAGAAGAGAUGGAUUUCAAUCACACAUCUCCAGAGCCUGAUGAUACCUCAUUCAGCUUGUCGUCUUUAUCAGAGAAAAAUGCCUCGGACAGUUUGUGAUCUUUGGAGAAAAAUAAUAUAUAUAUAUAUAUAUAUAUAUAUAUAUACACACACACACACACAAUGCUUAGACUGCCUAACAGGUGUGCAUUUCAAGAUAACUGCAUUUUGUUACCUGAUAUCAUUCAGUCAACAAAAACCUGGGUAAACUAGGCAGACCUUGCUGAAGGGUGAAUGUGAUGUGAUAUGACUGCAACUUGCGGUGACAAGGAAUAUGGAACUUUGGUUUUGGCAAGUGAGAAAGCUACAUGGGGAAAAGUUUUAGUUUUUAGCAUUACAACCUUGAUUAGGGUCAUUUAUAAUUUUCCAAAAUAAUUCUUGCUUUGUAGUAAAAUCUAUUCUGAGCAGGGAUCCAAGAGUGGAAAAUAAACAUGCAGUUACACAGCUAGGUAACAUUUCAACAUUGCUUGUCAUGUAAGACUCACCAGUCCUGUUUAUUGUGACCAUCGCCUUUUCCCUUGCUCCUUCUUACUCAGGUAGGUGGACUGAAAAUUGGGAAUCCAGAUGGAAACAUGAGCUUGUUAUGGGCAAAUGGGCAGAGUUGUUCUUGGACCCCUGAAAAAAUGAAUUAGAAAAUUAAACUAAGGUGCUUAUUGGUAUAUAAGUGUAAAUUAUUGAGUCUCCCAUUAUCUGAUAAAAAUGUCUGAAAAACACUUGGAAGACGAAGUGAAUAAAUUUAAUUGGCUUCAAUAAAUUACUAAUGUACAGAAGCAGACCUAAAUGUUGUAAACCAUUAGGCUUUUACUGGAAACUCUUGAUUGCUGGAGAAGGCAACUGUUUCUGGUAUUAUUACUAUAGUGAUGGGAUGAGAUAAUGUUACACCAAUAUUUAGAGUUUUACCAUCAUAGUGAUGUUUUUAUUUCACUUCAUUUUAUAAAACCUGAACAGUAAAGGCUCUGGUUCAUGAAGAUUCAGGAAUCAGCUACAUAGAUUUUCUACAAACCAGACUCCAUUUCAUUGCAACAGUGCUGUCAGCCAAGGACAGUUUUUUCAUCCCGUCUCCCUCCGAAGCUGUUUUAAUGUUGGAAUCUGGGCCCCACAAAUUUCCUCAGUGUGAUUCAAUGACUAAUUAGCCCAAUUUAACACAUUGUGUCAUUCCGCCAGCAGACUCCAGGUGCUGACAAAGAAUAAAUUUAACUGAAGUUUCUAAACUGCAUGCCUGAUAGCUUUAGCCACUCUCUGCUAAUUUAUCCUUUCUCAGCACUCAUUCAUACUAAAUCUCACAUCUUGUUUGAAUAAAUACGUUCACCCUGACAGAUUCAAAUAAGUUCAGUAUGGUACAUAGUAUUGUGGCAUAUAGCUAGAACUUGGUAAUUUCUAGUCUGAAUAUUUACAAACCGGCCUCACUAAAACCUUAGGUCACAUCAGCUUGAGAGCUAGAUUCUUUCACCCUUAUGCUGAAUGGUACUUUAUUCUGUGAGUAGUACCACUGAAAUUAAUGAGACUAUUUACUGUAUAAUGGGAGUAAGGUUUGAACAAUCUGGCCUUUCUAAAUAAAAACAGUCUUAAGUGUCCAAAAAGAGGAAAAUCCAUGCAGAGUUUGCACCCUCUGUCCAUCUUCUCUUUUAAACUGAAUUCCUGUUCCCAGGUGUUAAAGAAACUGCUGUCAGCAUUUUUUCCGAGGGACAAAUGUAUUCUAUCAUAAAUAUGAUGUUAAUGUAUUAACUUCAUUCCAGCCCUAAAUCUGACAGUCAUUUCAAACCCGUACUGUGAGAAACGAUCACUGUACUGUAUUUAAAUAUAUUAUACAUUUAAUUUACAUUACUAUACACCCUUAUAUAAUAGGCGUGAUUUAUUAUAGGUUUUCUGCUCUGGGAUAUUAACUGUACUAUCUCUAGAUAGGAAGAUCCUGCAACUGACAAUAAAACCUCAUGUUUUCAGUAAGCUUUAUUGAAGGAAUUUAAAAUGUGGUGUCUAGCACUCGUGCUCCACAACUUGGACCUUAAUUCCGUUACUUCUCCUUGACAUGGGAUGGCAAAAGGCAGCUUCUUCUUAAAGCUAAUUCUUAAUUUUGUGGUCUAUGAAUCUUUUUGCAAUUUCACCUUUUACACUAGUAGCCAAGUAGAAUUUUAUCACUGCCAUGAGUAACUUUGUAUUGUUCUGACUUGCUUUUUUCCUGACAUGACAUCAAACUAAAUCAGGAAGUUCAGAUUGGAUGAACUGUGCCAAAAACAAACCUUUACUCAGUAAACUAGAAUCCUGGUUCAUGAUAUACACUUAAAAUCCUAGGCUCCACACUCCUUGGCUAGAGUCUGUACUGAGUGUUUCCCUUUGAGCAAAAUAUGCUUUGACACUUUCUUCAAUAUAGGAUAACAGAGCAUUUAUAAUAAAAUAGUCAUGCUGUCACAUCCAGAAACAAUCAGCAGCAACGUAGGAUGAUCAAGAAGAAAUACUAAAUAUGAAGUAUGUUCCUAUGUAAGAUGCUUUGUAGAGCUGUACUGUACAGUUGUUUGAGUACCUCCAUGCUUCUCCUCAAAAUAACCUUCAUCCAUAAUACCUGCAACAUGAAAAACAAAACAAAAAACUCUUAAUGGUGAGUUAUUACCAGUGCUAGUUAAAAACAUUAAGGAAAUACAGAUUUACAGGACAGAGGCUGCAGAACAGCAGACUUGCUCUUCUACUGCACAGUAUGGUAAAAACUUGGAAGAAUAAUUAUCUUUGAAAAUCAUGAAUGGCCAUUUCUGAAUAUUGCAUUCCA